AUGUCCACCUACUACCUUACACUCAUCCUGGUUGCUGCUGCCAACCAAAGAAUCAUACAUCAACCCUCUGUCACAGUUGAAGAAGUCCCAGACCAGCCUGAAAAUGACCACAGACAAGUGAACUUCAUAAGAGACUAUCAUCUAAGCCUUGAUGAUGUGCCUUGGGAGUGUUUCAAAAUGGAGUAUAUGAAUGACAAGUCAGGCAGAGAAACACCCUGGAUGAACAAGGUGUACAAGGUGUUCUAUUAUGACCCUUACAAGGUUGUGCAGAAUGUGUUGCCCAAUCCUGACUUCAAGGAUGAGAUCCUAGCAACCCAUGGAUCAACCUUUGUUCCCAUUAUUCUUGAAAGUGACAAAACAAUGGUUUCAGUUGUCAUGGGUCAAAAUGAUUACUACCCCCUGUAUUUAUUGAUUGGCAUGUUUGCACAAUGCCAGCAACAAAAAAAGAAGGCACUGAUCCAUGCUAUCACAAAUUCAGAAGGAACUUUUUCAUACUGUGCUCAUUCAGAUCCUCAAGAGCCUAAGGCCUUCCAUGACUACUCCAGAGAUAAUGAGGAGCAAGUUGUUCUUGCAGGAAUAGUCCACAAAUGGUGUGGCAAUGCAGUCAUCAGAUCUUGA